AUGCGUGGUCUGGCCGUAUUUAUAAGUGAUAUAAGAAAUUGUAAAAGUAAGGAGGCUGAAUUGAGACGGAUAAAUAAAGAAUUGGCAAAUAUACGUUCUAAAUUUAAAGGUGACAAAACACUUGAUGGUUAUCAAAAAAAGAAAUAUGUUUGCAAAUUACUUUUUAUUUUUCUGCUUGGUCAUGACAUUGAUUUUGGGCAUAUGGAGGCUGUUAAUUUACUUUCUUCUAAUAAAUAUACGGAGAAACAGAUUGGAUAUUUGUUCAUUUCUGUUCUAAUCAACUUAAAUUCGGAUUUAAUGAAGUUAAUAAUCCAAUCAAUUAAAAAUGAUCUCCAAUCGCGAAAUCCAGUACAUGUUAAUCUUGCCCUUCAAUGUAUUGCCAAUAUUGGUUCCAAAGAUAUGUGUGAAGCUUUUGCUCAUGAUUUGCCAAAACUUUUAACUUCUGGUGAUACUGUUGAUUUUGUUAAGCAAAGCGCUGCACUUUGUCUUUUAAAAUUAUUGAGAAUUCCAAUUGAUAUUAUUCCACAUAGUGAAUAUUCUGUUCGAAUUGUGCAACUACUUAAUGAUUCACAUUUGGGUGUGGUAACUUCAGCGGCUUCUUUAAUUGAAGUUCUAUCAAAGAAAAGUCCUGAUGAAUAUAAAGGCUGUGUUUCCUUGGCAAUUUCGAGACUUAGCCGGAUUGUUACUUCUACUUAUACCGAUCUACAAGACUAUACUUACUAUUUUGUUCCUGCUCCUUGGCUUUGUGUUAAAUUACUCAGAUUACUUCAAAAUUAUCCUCCACCAGAAGAUCCAGGCAAUCGUGCUCGUCUUCUUGAAUGUCUCGAAGGCAUCCUUAACAGAGCACAGGAUGCCCCAAAGUCCAAGAAAGUUCAACACGCGAAUGCUAAAAAUGCUGUUUUGUUUGAAGCGAUAGCAUUAAUUAUUCAUCACGACAGCGAACCAAACCUUUUAGUUAGAGCUUGUAAUCAAUUGGGAACUUUUCUUUCUCAUCGCGAAACUAAUUUGAGAUAUUUGGCACUUGAGUCUAUGUGUCUUUUGGCUACCUCUGAAUUUUCACACGAUGCCGUCAAAAAACAUCAAGAAACAAUUAUAAAUUCUUUAAAAAGUGAAAGGGAUGUUAGUGUUCGACAACGGGCUGUGGAUUUACUUUACGCAAUGUGUGAUCGGUCUAAUGCUGAAAAUAUUGUUGCUGAAAUGCUUACUUAUUUGGAAAUGGCUGAUUACUCUAUUAGAGAAGAAAUGGUACUUAAAGUGGCUAUUCUUGCAGAAAAAUAUGCAACAGAUUAUACUUGGUAUGUUGACGUUAUUUUGAAAUUGAUUCGAAUUGCUGGGGAUUAUGUUUCUGAAGAAGUUUGGUGUAGAGUUAUUCAGAUUGUUGUUAAUCGAGAGGAUGUUCAAGGAUAUGCUGCUAAAACAGUUUUUGAGGCUUUGCAACAGGCUACUUGUCAUGAAAAUAUGGUUAAAGUAGGCGGUUAUAUUCUUGGGGAAUUUGGCAAUUUAAUUGCUGGAGAUCCUCGUUCAAGUCCAAUGAUUCAAUUCGAAACUUUACAUAGCCGUUUUCAUUUGUGCAGUAUUGCUACAAGAUGUUUAUUAAUGACUACUUAUAUUAAAUUUUGUAAUUUGUUUCCUGAAAUAAAAACUCAUAUACAAGAGAUUCUACGUUCUGAUACUAAUUUGAGAAAUCCUGAUGCUGAAUUGCAACAAAGAGCUGUCGAAUAUUUGCAGUUGAGUAAAGUGGCAUCGCCUGAUAUUCUCGAGGAGAUGCCAUUAUUCCCCGAAAAGGAAAGCAGUUUGCUUGCAAAAUUGAAGAAGUCGCAACCACAAGCAGAGGAUUUGGACAGUUCCCAGACAGAACCAAAACACCGCCCUUCCGCAAUAAUGUCUUCAACCACAAAUGCACCUAAACCUGGAACGUCCCCUUCUGCAUCUGAUUCAAGCAAACUUCUUGAUCUUAGUGGUGAUGUUCAGCAAUUAACUAAUGGAUCUUCUGCAAUCAAUCAAUUGUCAGAUAUUUUUGGGAAUCUGAAUACAUCAAAUGGAUUUACAUGCGAUGAACCGAUUUUUAACAAAAGCGAUUAUUUAAAAUUUAUAGUGAGACAAACUGGAAUACUUUAUGAAGAUGAAAUAGUCCAAAUUGGUUGUAAAUUAGAAGCUCGUUCAAAUUUGGCUAGAUUGGGAAUGUUUUAUGGAAAUAAAACUAGUGCAAAAUUUACACAAUUUAUUACAGCAAUUACUUGUCCUGGUCAAUUAGCUGGACAAUUAGUUUGUCAGGCAAAGCAAAUCGACUCAGAAAUUGAUGCUGGCACUCAAAUCCAACAAUUAGUCAAUGUUGUUUGUUUAAAUUUCUUUUCGCAAUCGCCAGUAAUUAAAAUCUCGUUUACUUACACGACAAAAGACAAUCUUCAACAACAAUUUUCUCAAAAUCUCUACAUCCCAAUUUUUAUCAAUAAAUUUUUCGAACCAACGGAUAUGAAUUCAGAACAAUUCUUUAAUCGUUGGAAACAACUAAAUUUGCCAAUUCAAGAAUGUCAAAAAAUUUUUGCUGCAAAAUCUUCAAUGGAAUCAGAGGAUGUUUCACAACAACUUUCAAAUUUGGGAGCUCGUGUUCUUCCAGGAAUUGACCCAAAUCCUGAUAAUUUUGUUUGUGCUGGCAUAAUUCACACACAAGCUGCUCAGAUUGGGACUUUGAUUAGAUUGGAGCCUAAUAAACAAACAAGGGUGAGGCAGAUUUAA